GUGCAUAUGACUUAAAGAACACGAUAUCUUAAUCUAAUCGAAGUCUCUUAGUCAACCUUUUUUUCAAGAUUCAAUCGACUGACGACAUUUAAUUAUUUCUUUUCUUUAACUUCAAAGAUUAAAUCUUUUUGAGUUUCAAGAUUCGAUCUAUCACUUUCCAUGGCUAGAGAAAACCAAUUGAUGAGCUUCUCAUUCAGUUUCAGAUAUCUCUGUCACUUUGCUCUACUCCUCUCUCUCCUCUCAUUCGUCUCUUUUCUCUUCAGACACAACACAUCACUCUGUUCUUGCCUUUACGAUCACAACCCCAAAGCUAACACAUUCGAUCACUACCACCAUAACAAUGAAACCAUUGAUCUUCUUAGAUUUUCUUCUGCUUGGAACCAUCUCACUUUCCCUUCUAAACCCAAGAAGACUCUCAAGAUCGCUGUGGUGGUCAAGAAAUGGCCGAGGAAAUCGCAAGCUGGUGGGCUCGAGCGACACGCGCUUACUUUGCACCUUGCUCUAGCUAAUCGCGGCCAUGAGGUUCAUGUUUUCACAGCUGCUUCUCCGUCGUUCCCUGAGUAUCAGCUGAAAAAUCUACUGUUUCAUCUCUCCGAGCCAACCGCUGCUGGAUAUCUCGAUCAAGCUUCUGUCUCGCUACAGCUUCAGACGCAGAACGCAAGUGGAAGACCAUUUGACGUGAUUCACACAGAGAGCGUCGGACUUCUCCACACAAGAGCUAAGAACCUCCGUAACGUGGUCGCGUCUUGGCAUGGAAUCGCUUACGAGACUUUUCACUCCGACAUCAUCCAAGAACUCCUCCGUCAAGCAGACAUCGCCGCCGCCGCCGCAGCUGGAACCGAAGAAGAACAGCCACCGCCUUCAUCUCCAGCUCUGACGGAGCGAGCGAAGAGAGUCGUCGAGGAAGUCAAAUUCUUCCAACGCUACGCUCACCACGUGGCAACUAGCGAUCAUUGUGGUGACGUACUCAAGAGGAUUUACAUGAUUCCGGAGGAACGUGUCCACAUCAUUCUAAACGGCGUCGACGAGAACGUUUUCAAACCGGACGUUUCAAAACGUGAGAGCUUCAGAGAGAAAUAUGGCGUUAGAAGCGGCAAGAACAAGAAACCUCCUCUGGUUUUGGGAAUUGCAGGGAGGUUAGUGAGAGAUAAAGGUCAUCCUUUGAUGUUCGCAGCUUUGAAACGAGUGUUUGAAGAAAGCAAGGAGGCACGUGAAAACGUUGUCGUUUUAGUAGCUGGAGAUGGUCCAUGGGGAAACAGAUAUAGAGACCUCGGGUCUAAUAAUGUGAUUGUUCUUGGACCAUUGGAUCAAGAAAGGCUAGCGGAAUUCUACAACGCGAUCGAUGUGUUUGUGAAUCCGACUCUUCGAGCUCAAGGGCUCGAUCACACUCUUUUGGAAGCCAUGGUUUCAGGCAAACCUGUCUUAGCUACUAGGCUAGCGAGUAUCACUGGGUCAGUAGUUGUCGGUCCACAUUUGGGAUAUACUUUCUCACCAAAUGUUGAGUCUCUUAGCGAGGCGAUUUCACGGGUUGUUAGCGAUGGAACUGAGGAAUUGCAAAGGAAAGGCAAGGAAGCGCGUGAACGGUCAUUGAGGCUUUUCACGGCGAAUAAAAUGGCUGAUUCAUAUGAAAGGUUUUUUCUUUGCAUUUCGGAUCAGAGCUUUUGUACGUUACAAGCUUCAAACAUAUGAGCGAUAACGCUAAUAUAGUUAAAACUCAAAAACAUAUGGAUUUGGAUUUGGAUUGUUUGGUUUCAU